CACCUAUACAUUUACCUAAUAAGUUCAAGAUGGCGCAUCACUUUUAACCCAGUUUUUGACUCAAAUAGUCGAAAUUUUCCACAUCACUUGGGCUAAAAUUUUUUAGAUUUAUUACAGUACCUUAUUAUCAUUUCACCACCGCGUAUUGUACAGCCUGGUCCUUAUAGGUCACGCCCUAGGUCAUUGGUGUCUCUUUUUUUAAAUUCAGACACAACUCAACAUGGAGCAGAAUGAGUCGCCCGCUUCCUCAGACAUGAAACCAAAACUUGAAGAAACCACUGAAACCGAACAGCCAACACCAAGUGUGAUAAUACGGCGGCAAGUGAUAACGACCAGAGGGACUAUAGAAGAAAACGUGGAAGAGGCGCGUAUCGAACAAAUCGCGGGAGAAGAAAUCGUGAAAACGUCGGAAUCACCAGUGCCGGAAACUCCACAAGAACAAGAGCACAGUAGUUCGCAAAUUGUACAGUACGAGGAGCAGCCAGCGUCCGAACAAAAUUAUGAAGAGUCUACACAGGUAUACGUUACUGAAGGGGUUAUCACCACGGAAAGUUAUUCUUCUCAAAGUGAAUAUCACCAACAACCCCAUACUGUUGCUUACACCGCUCUUGAUCCUAGCGGCACGAUCACUAUAGAAUCGACAGCUGAGUAUGCUGAUUUGGAAAGUGUUAACAAUUCACACUAUACUGGUACACAGUAUGGAAAUGAUGCCUCUCAGUAUUUGCAACAUCAGCAAUAUCAAAACCAUUAUCCAAAUUAUGCAGUGGAUAGAACUGGUGCCGAUAGUCCACAGUCUGCUCUCUUUAGAGACACUGAUCCUAAUCUUGCCUCGUCGAGAUAUCAGACUUAUGAAGUCUCUAAUCAAAAUAUGAACAAUCAGGUGACUCUGAUAAGUGCCGGCGGGACAUCUUUCCAAUAUACAGCUCAGAACCCUACCUGGAACAACACAGGAAGCAAUGAGUAUCCAGCAUACCAACAAAAUAUGACCAUUCAUCAAGCAGAUAGUACUCAGAGUUACUCAAAUAUGCAACCAAAUUGGUCCGGUAGCUCUCCCGUCGAGGAUUCAGCUAGAGCACAAUUUCGAGAGGUACAUAUCAAAGAAUGCGUGAAUUGCGGUGCCAGUGUUACUCCUCUUUGGCGCAGAGAUGGUACCGGUCACUAUCUCUGUAAUGCUUGCGGUCUGUAUAACAAAAUUAAUGGUGUUAAUAGACCGCCAGUGAGGCCUACCAAAAAACCACAGGCGCAGACUGGACCCAGAAGGAAUGGCGUCAAUUGCGCUAACUGCAAAACUGGUACCACGACCCUGUGGAGAAGAAAUAAUCAGGGGGAACCCGUGUGUAAUGCUUGUGGCUUGUAUUAUAAGUUACAUGGGGUAAAUCGUCCAUUGAGUAUGAAAAAGGAAGGCAUUCAAACAAGAAAGCGAAGACCAAAAAAUUCCAGUACUCAUAGCCAAUCUAGUCCAAGUACUAGUCAGGGAAUAGCCCAACACAGAUUGGUUCUUCAGCACGGCUAUUUUCCACCAAAUAUGCAAGCGGACAUGGCAUCAGAUCAAUAUCAGCUUCCUUCUACUGUGGGUAUAUUUCAGCCCAAUCAGUACCACCAACGACUUCCUGGUGCUGAGCAGUUAGCACGACAAAUUCCAGCAAAUGUAGCUCCACUGGAACCCAUUCAAGUAGCAUCUGAAGAACAAGCGACUGUUAUCACGUCAACAUCACAAAACGCAAGAUUUCGUCGUCAAGGCGACGAAGAUGAUGAUCCGAAUGCCUGAGAAUCACAAGUGCAUUAAAUUUGUAUUCAACCACACAAAAAGUUCGAAUCUUCAUUGUUAACUCUGGUUAAAACUAACUCGUUAGUGUCAAAUACCAAUAAAAGUAUAAUAGCUAUUUAUGGUAUAAAUGAAUAAAAGUGAAUUUUAUCCAACGAAAAAACAGUUUAGCACACGAGGCGAAGCUGAGUGUGAUAAUGUUUUUGAGUGGAUAAAAUUCGUUUAUUCACGUGUAUCAUACAAAAUUUUUUCCAAUUUCGCAAAAUUUUUCAAAAAAUUUAUUGUUUAGGUAAUCCAUAUACAUAAAUAUUAAUUGUACUGUUACUAAUAUGAUGAACAUUUGAAGAAGGUAAAUUGCCUAAACUGCCUGUUCUUUCGCCACGGUCAAAUUCAAACGAUGCCCCUGGACUUUCAUUAGGAUUGUUUUACAGGAGGUGGACUAUCAAGCGUUGCAAAUUUUAGUUGAAUAUCCACACGUCCAUAGCAACGAAAAUUUCAGUGGUAGUGCGAAUUUUUAGUUUUUUUACUUUAUUCGUGUUGUCAAUGACAGUGUGAAUAAAGUGUUGCUAUAAACAUUUUAUUCAUCCUUUCGAUUAAACUAUUGUUUUAAUAGCGAGAUUUAACAUACAAAAUGAGCAUUUUAUUAGUAGAAAUUGGAAAAAAUGUUUUUAUUUUACAGUCGUAGGUCUUGGGGUACCUAGAUUAUACAUCUUUUUUGCUAGAGAAAAAUUCAAUAUUAUUAACAAGUGAUAGGUUAAAUGAGCUGUCAAUUUGAAUUCAUCUUAUUCUUACUUUUACGUAAAAGCUGCUACUGUAAGAUAAAAUACUAUUAUACAGUUUACGUUAUGUACAUUAGUACAUUAUAUGCAUAAUAGUUAGUUCACAUGUCUUAAUAAAUACGAAAAGCAAUAUUACUGUAACAAAUCCCUCUUUUUUAGAAUUAAUAACGCAUUUUUAAAAUGUUUCAAAUAUAAUAUUAAUUUCUUUGUAGGUGUAGGUACAAACAUGCAUUUACGUACACUUUGUAUAUUACGUUUUUUUAAAAGAUCUCAGUUUGAGAUAUUAGGUGCUAGUCAUCAUGUAUUAUGUUCAUCAUAAUAUUGCCAUAUAUUAUUGUAAGUUAUAGUGGUAAUUCUACGUUAAGGCAACAUUUUGGUAAUAUAUUUUGUGUUGUAAUGGUUACAUUAUGUUCAUUUAAGUAUUUUAAAUUUCUAAGUAUAAUUUUUUGAACCAAAGAUUUGCGUUACCUUUGUAAUUAUUCAAGCCACCUUACUUAAAAUUAUGUUAUACAUACUGUGAUACCUCGAAUUUGUUUUAUUUAAAAUAAUGACGUUUUUAAUUCAAAUUGUAUUUAACAAAUGUAUUUAACACAUAUGACGUGAUCAUAAAAUUAUA